AUGAAGACAUAUACUGUAGAGAGAAGUGACAUCAAGCAGCAGGGAUUGUCAUCAGUAAGAAGGCACCAGCACAGUGCUUGUUUCCUCGUCGAGACAAACGAAAAGCAACAAGCAUGGGUGUGGAUUAUGUUGAAUAUGCUGACGAUUAUACUGCAGACAAUGAAACUGAGAACACCACCACCAUCAAAGCUGGGCUGCUGAAUUUCAGCAGUUCUCAGUCGUCAUUCACUCAUGUUCUAGUGACAUUCAACGUCCUCAUAAUUGUUGCUGGUCUUGGAGGAAAUUCCUUGGUGAUCUGGAUUUGUGGAUGUAAAAUGAAAAGAACGGUCAUCAACACCUGGUACAUCAGUCUGGCCAUUUCAGACUUUUUGUUCUGUGCUUUUCUGCCCCUGGAAGUAUUCUACCUGAUAACCUCACACUGGCCUUUCGGACUGCUCUUGUGCAAGCUCUGCUCCUCCGCCCUGUUUCUCAACAUGUACAGCAGUGUGUUUCUGCUGGUUCUGAUCAGCACUGAUCGCUGUGUAAUGAUUUUAUUUCCCAUUUGGUCACAUAACCACCGCACAGUGCGGAAAGCAUUCGGAGUUGUCAUUCUCAUGUGGCUCCUUUCUGCACUCCUAACAUUGCCCUCGCUGAUCUUCAAACAAAUCACAGUCCAUGGCUCAGUCACUCAGUGCUACACAGAAUACAGGGGUGACUCCAACCACAAGGCAGUGGCUCUGACUCGAUUCAUCUGCGGGUUCCUGAUCCCUUUCCUAAUGAUUGUCGUCUGCUGCUCAGUGCUCGGUGUGAAGCUCAGAAGUUUGACUGUUAAGUCAACAAAGCCUUACAAAGUCAUGGUGGCGCUCAUCUUAUCAUUUUUCUUCUGCUGGGUCCCCUACCAUGCCUUUGUCCUUCUGGAGUUAGAUGUGGAGAACCACCGUGUGGAAGUACUUCAAACAGGAUUGAAGGUUGGAGCGUCCCUGGCUGCAGCAAACAGCUUCAUAUCCCCAGUUCUAUAUGUAUUUAUUGGUAAUGACUUCAAACAAACCCUGAGGAAAUCUUUGACAUCAAGGAUAGAGGAGGCAAUGGCGGAGGAUUUCCGAACAGUGGGUCACUCAAGGUCUAAGUCAAUGGAAAUGAUCUAAAACUCUCAUCAUUGACGGGAUAUAACAUGAAUACAGAGCUGAAAGAUCGAGUCAUAUGCAAUGGCACUUUUAAACUUGGAUGAUUAAAGGUUAUACAGUAUAUCCUAUACACUGUAUGAAUUGAAUAUUGAUCUUCAUUAUGAGAAAACCUCACUGAUUUUUACACAAUAUAAAAACUUUAUGACACAGUGAUCAGGUUUGGUCAUUUGGACUACCUUGUUCAGCUGUGGGGUGCAAACAUUCACUAAUGUCUUGCAACUUUAAAAUAAAAUAUGAUUAUUUUUUAUAUAUCUGUAAAUUAAUUGUUUUUGUGUUUUUUCAUACUUGCAAACCAGCUUCAAAUUGUCCCACACAGAAUGAAUAAAGUCUUUAAAUUGAA